AUGGGGAAGUCGACUAUUUUGGAGAGCUUGGUGCGAUUUUGUGAUGCAGUGGAAACUCUGUACACCAGGGACUAUCUGCGCAGACCUAUACCCAGGGACCUGCAACGGCUUCUACAAAAAGCUGAGUCUCGUGAAUUUCCUGGGAUGAUUGGUAGUAUUGACUACAUGCACUGGCAAUGGAAAAAUUGUCCAACUGCUUGGCAAGGGGAUUAUGGCAAUCGGAAAGGGCAGAAAAGCAUCAUCCUCGAAGCAAUUGCUGGUUUUGAUACAUGGGGGUACAUAAAAGAUGUGGAGAGGUGCUUUGGUAUCCUUCAAGCCUGGUGGGCAAUUAUCAGGAGAGCGGCGCGUCUAUUUGAUGAGGAGGUGCUUAGGAGUAUAAUGAUGACUUGUAUUAUCCUCCACAACAUGAUUGUGGAAGAUGAGUAUGAUUACGAUGCUGAUAAAGUGUAUGAACCAGAUCCCAUGAACACGGCCUUAACACGAAUUUAUGAAAAACCUAUGGGGCAAAAUGGAGAACCAGUGCAGCAUGAUCCGUUAGUUAGAGAUGGUAGUUUGAUGCAUCGUAUGAUUGAGCGCUACACGGAGAUGCAAUCGUCCUAUAUUCAUGAACAACGUCUAGUUGACUUGAUGGAGCAUUUGUGGGCGGUGAAAGGCAAUGAAGGACAAUAA